UGUGUUUGUAUUUUAUCUGUGAGAGUUGUAUGGUUCUCUAAUUUUAUUUAUCGCGGGCAGAAAUAUUUAACUUUUGUUUUUUGUAAAAGCUAAAUAAGUUUCUACGAUAAUAAUGGCAGACCCAGGAAAGGGUCGAGGUCGAGGCUUGGCCUUGCUCCAGGCCCUUAAGUCACAAAUUAUGGAAUCGCCACCAGCGUCUGAAGUGCCAAUUCCUGAACCCACACCAGCACCAAGUGUUGCACCUAGUGUGGUUGGUUCAACUAGUACCAGUUUAGGUGGGAGGGGUAAAAUGGCAGCUAUGUUACUUUCUAAAAUGCAGCAGAAACCAGGAGAUGCAACAUUCAGCCCAGCAUCAGAUGUAAAACCCCCCCUAACCUCCGUUACAGUUGGUAGGGGUGUUGGACGUGGAUUAAGUCUUCUAAAAAGUUUAAAAGCCUCACAAGCUGCGCAAUCACCUCCGAGCCUUGUUGAUAGUGAUGUUGAUAGUUUGACAAAGAAAAUGGCUUCCAGUACAGUAUCAACUGCAGCAACUUCCUCACAAACUUUAGUGGGGAAAAAUAAAUACUUUAAAGAAGUCAAAGAUACUCCACCAGUAGUUAAGAAAGGUGAAACAGGAACCCCUUGUGAAGUAACAGCUAAUUUCAUCUAUUUAAACUUUGAAGAGAACAAUGUUUUUGAAUAUGAAGUCAGAUAUGAUCCAGAUCAAGAUUAUAAGCACCUGCGCUUUAAGCUAUUAAAUGAGCAUAAUCACUUUUUUAAAGAAAAGACGUUUGAUGGCACAACAUUAUAUGUGCCGCACAUGCUACCAGAUGAAGCACUUAACCUCGUUUCAACUAACCCUUUUGAUGAAAGUAAAGUGAAUAUAAAUAUAAUAUUCCGCCGUACACGUCGUCUGAGUGAGAUGAUACAAAUAUACAACGUGCUAUUCAAGCAUAUAAUGAAGGAUUUACAACUGGUUCGCUUCGGACGGCAGCAUUUUAACGAGCACGCUGCGAUACAGAUACCUCAGUACAAGCUAGAAGUAUGGCCUGGCUAUGUGACAGCGGUAGACGAAUACGAAGGAGGUCUGAUGCUGACGCUGGACUCCACCCACCGCGUGCUCCGGACGCAGUCGGUGCUCUCGCUGAUCAAGGAGACCGUCCAAGCUGAAGGCGCUAACUGGAAGAGGGCAAUGUCAGACAAGUUGAUAGGCUGCUCAGUUAUGACUACGUAUAAUAAGAAACUCUUUAGAGUAGAUAGUAUAGAUGACUCCAUGAAUCCAAGAUCGACAUUCGAAAAGAAUGAGAAAGGUGAAAUGGUGAAAAUUAGUUACAUAGAGUAUUAUAAGAAGAAUUAUGGAAUUGAUAUUAUGGAUGUUGAUCAACCAAUGCUUAUUUCAAGAGAUUCUAAACGAAUGCCAGGAUCAGAAAAGCCAACUGACUUCAUGAUAUGUCUUGUGCCAGAACUUUGCCAGCUUACAGGACUCACUGAUGAUCAGAGGAGUAACUUCAGACUUAUGAAAGAUGUUGCUACAUAUACACGUAUAACACCUAAUCAACGGCACGCAGCGUUUAAAAAGUACAUCCAAAACGUUCUUAACAACGAGACAGCGAAAAAUCGUCUAAAAGGAUGGGGUCUCACCAUAGCACAAGAGACGAUCAAUUUAACAGCCAGAACUCUACCACCAGAGACAUUAUACUUUGGCAAUGACGUUAAAGUGCCGGGUAAGCCUAAUGCUGAUUGGAAUGGAGAUGUCUCGCGGAAUGCUGUGAUGCAAGCCGUUGAUAUAAUGAGAUGGGUGCUCUUGUAUACCGACAGGGAUAAACAAGUUGCAACGGAUUUCGUUGAAACAUUAAAACGGUGUAGUCGUCCAAUGGGUAUAAAUGUAUCCAACCCGGACUUACUCCGUCUGCCCAAUGACCGAACAGACACCUAUGUCAUGGCUCUCAAGAAAUGCAUCACAUCUCAUUUACAACUAGUCGUCGCCAUAUCGCCGACUAUGAGAGACGAUCGUUAUGCUGCCAUUAAGAAAAUUUGCUGUGCAGAUAACCCAGUCCCCUCACAGGUGAUCAACGCCCGGACGCUCAUGAACAGCCAGAAAAUUCGAUCCAUAACCCAGAAGAUCUUGCUGCAAAUGAACUGCAAGCUGGGCGGCACGCUGUGGAACAUCAGCAUCCCGUUCAAGACGGCCAUGGUGAUCGGCGUCGACUCCUACCACGACGCCGCCCGCAAGCGCCGCAGCGUGUGUUCCUUCAUAGCGUCGUACAAUCAGACCAUGACCCACUGGUACUCGAAGGCCGUGUUCCAAGAGCGCGGGCAGGAAAUCGUCGACAGUCUCAAGUCCUGCCUCGUCGACUCGCUCAAGCACUAUCUGCGAGUCAACGGAAGAUUACCCGACCGGAUCAUUAUAUACAGAGACGGAGUCGGAGAUAGCCAAUUGAAGCUCGUCCAGCAAUAUGAGAUUCCUCAAAUGCAGAUCAGCUUCUCCCUCGUCGGCGAGACUUACAAACCUACUCUUACGUACGUCGUUGUACAGAAAAGGAUCAACACGCGUAUAUUCAUGAAGACUGGAAAAGAAUUUGCUAAUCCCCACCCGGGAACCGUCGUUGAUCACGAUAUUACUAGACGAGAUUGGUAUGACUUCCUAAUAGUAUCACAAAAGGUUAACCAAGGGACGGUCACACCGACCCACUACGUUGUAGUCCACGAUGACAGUGGAAUGACUCCAGAUCAGUGCCAACGACUGACAUAUAAAAUGUGCCAUUUGUAUUACAACUGGCCUGGCACCGUUCGAGUGCCGGCACCGUGCCAGUACGCACAUAAACUUGCAUAUCUCGUGGGUCAGAACGUACACCAGCAGCCGUCUGAAGCACUAGCCGACAAACUAUUCUUCUUGUAGGUUUUAUUGAUAUUUAUAGUAAGUAAGUUUAGCAUUUAAUUAUAUCGCUGUUAUUGACAUUAAUGAUAUAAAAAUAAAAAAAAAAUACUUCAAAAAUUCAAAUGAAAUGUUCGUAAUUAAGACAUUGUAUUCAUUGCAAACAUUUCAUUUGAAUCUGGUUCAACAAACAAUACUAGUAGAAUUGUGAACUUAAACAUUUGAAAACUCUUAAAAAUGAUUUGAACUUAUCAAUCUUAAGGCUUUCCUUAUAAAAAUUGUAAGCAAGUAUUUAGAUGAACGCUGUCAUUCAAACUCCCUUUCUCUCUUUCUAGCGUCAUAUGUUUGAUAUUCGAAAGAAAGAGACAGCAUCGUUUGACUAAACACUCCUUUAAACAAUGUUAUUUAUAUAAUUAUGUAACCGGUUUUAAUCAGUUUAAUUGUAGUUCUUAGGAUUGUUAAAUAUAAUUUGUUUUAAUGUUUUGUGUUUAAAAACUCUUUUGUUUUUUAAAUCUGUAAUAUUAUUGAGAGAUUACAUUAUAAUUAAAAUUUUUAUAACAUAUAUAUAUGUUAAAACUUACAUUUUAUAAAAAAAUAUAGUAGUUAUGUGAUUGAUAUGUCAAUAACAGUGAUUAAUAACUAAGUACAAAUAUGCUGUACAUACACAGAGUAUUAUAUUUUUAUAUGAAUAUUUCAAAACAAUUUAUCUAUAGAUAUAGAUAAGUAUUUUAUAAACAAGAGAUUUGUAGAUUAUCAAUCUUAUAAACGCAAUUUAGCAGGUGUUUGGAAACUAAUGUCCUCUCUUUCUUGUUACAAUUGUUUUGACAUUUGAAAGAAGAAACACCAUUGUUUAACUAAACACCCCUAAACAAAAGUUAUAGGUUGAAUACGUUAAGUAUGCACGGUUAGUUAGUCAAAUAUGUUUAUUUUUGUUAACAUAUCGUCCAGUUAUAAACUGAGCUAUUCUAUGAGAACUCACUUCGUAUCUCACUCACGUUGAUACUUUAAAUGGUAUUAUUAUAAUCGCCCAAUAUCCUAUAUAAUAUUCUGACAUUUCACGAACGUGUUUAAGGUGAUUUUUCGUUUCGUUCUUAAAUAGCCUCAUUGUUAAGUGACUACCCGUGGUAGGGCCGUAUGAAUGCUAUUUCGGUUAGAUCGGGAUGAAAAAUGUUCGUUCCUAUAUUUAGUGGCGCAUCGACGGUGUUAAGAAUGGUAACUAUACUAUAAUGGUGACCAUCACAAUGGUGACACCUUCCCCCUGGAUGUCCAUUUGCUAGUCUCUCUCCCAAUUUCAACUUUUUUUUCAAAUCUAUCUUUAGUGGUUUUUUUGUCAUCAUCCCACCUUUUAAAUAUAAUUAUUAUUUUUAAGUUUUAAACAGUCAAGAUUUUGUUAUGAAGGAAGAGUGAGAAGCGUGCGUGUGUUUGUAUUUGGCCUAUAUUAAUAUACAAAAAACAAGAUUAUAUAAUUAUAGUCAGAUCCAACUAUUUUUAUUAUAAAUGAUUAUAUAAGUUCGAUUUCGUGAAUAUACUGAGUUAAAUAGUUGUCUAACUCUUAACAGGAUUGACCAUAGACUAUAUGUUAAAUUUUUGCCAUUAAUUUAUCUUCAUCAUGUGUGGCCGUGGCUUUACUUAUGAUUUAACAAUUCUCGUAUUUUGUUGGUUUAUUGUCAUUCUUAAGUAACAAACACUAUGUUGUCUUCGAAUAUUUUAAUUUUGUUAUUUAACAGUAAUCUUCGUUUUUAUGAGUAAUUAAUGUCUAAGCUCAAAAAAACACUAGCCAUUAGAAUAAAGUAAAAAUAAACAUAAUUAGUUUGUAGGAAACUCUUUCAAGAUUGCAACUGGACAAAUCUAAUAAAAUUAAGAUAACUUUUGACUUUCGAAACAAAAGUCUUACUACGGGUCUUAAAACGGAUUUAAUAAAAACUUUAAGAGUGUUGAUAAUUAACUAGAAUGUUCUUCUCUCAAAGACUGCUUAUAAAAAAUCAAGAUAAUAGACAUUUAAUUUCAUUUAAGGAUUUGAACUGAUAUCCAAAUUCAAUAACGUAAUCUAAUGAACAAGAUAUCUCUUAAUAUAAGCGUUGAUUUAUUUGUUAACUUGUUUUCGCCCGCGUGGUAUGUACGUUAGGUUCCUUAGGGUUCAAACUGGCUUCGUACCAAGUUUCAGAGGUCUAGCCGAGAAAUCGUAACAGACAGACAUAUAUAAUUAGUCUCGCAUUUAUGAUAUUUGAUAAGAUAAAAUUACUUUGUUACAAAGAACAAUUAGGAAAUUUUAUCUUUAUAAAUAAUAAUUAAAAUAUAUUUAUGUGCUAUAACGAAAGUAUGACUAUAAAAUAUCGUGAUACGACAAAAGCAAUAAGUUAUAUGUAGUUUGCCUAUAUGUGUAAAUAACGAAUCGUAUUUCCGUUUAUUUACCAGACAUUAUAUAUUAAGGUUUUAGAUUUCAAGAUGGCACUUGGUGGUAGGGCUUUAUAUAGAUAAAAGGGUAUAUACCACUGUACCACCCACUCAUCGUAUAUACAACCGCUAAACCCAUACCACCAAGUAAAUAUCAAUCAAAAUGAAAAUCGUUUUUUAAAUUAAUGUAUCUAAUUUUAAUUGUGAAAUAAUCACUAAGACAGACAAUUUGCAACAUGUUCAAUCAUACACUGCCACUAGACGGUUUAAAAAGGGGGUGGGGGGGUGAAUGCCAGAUUACUGAGGUUCUACUGUGGUAUUACCCAUGUUCUAAGGAAAUGAAAGAUAGUGCUUAGGCAUUUGAGUUGGGACUUCGUGUAAGGACCGUGGUUAGCGCAUCGAAUGGGCCAAGAAAUAGUUUAAAAUUAGGUGCCCACUGGUCAUGACUCUGUCCAUGUGUCGAUCUACUUUCCUUUUCUUAGUAAAAAUUAAUUAAUCUAUAUGUAAUAUUAAUCUCAAGUCAGUUUUUUCUCUGUGUACUUUUAUGUUUUAAUUAUAAGAAUUGUAAAAACCAACUGUGAUUUUAAAAUUGUAUGUGUACCUGUUUGCUGUAAUCGUAAAGGAUGCUGGUCUCGGGUACCACGUGUAUCGUUUAAUUAAUAGCAAUAGUUUGUUAACGUUUACAUCUUAACAGCGAAUA